UGCGGAGCGCCCCUUCCCGCCGCCCUCGGCCCGUCGCCCCCCGUCCCGGCGGAGGGACCCCCGGCCCCGCUGGGUGCCGGGCUGGACAUCGCCGCGCACGUGCCGCCCGGAGCCGCCCCGCCGAUGGAGUCCGAGAUGCUGCAGUCGCCUCUGCUGGGGCUCGGCGAGGAGGAUGAGUCCGACCUGACGGACUGGAACCUGCCCCUGGCCUUCAUGAAGAAGAGGCACUGCGAGAAGAUCGAAGGCUCCAAGUCUUUGGCCCAGAGCUGGAGGAUGAAGGACCGGAUGAAGACUGUAAGUGUUGCCUUAGUUUUGUGCCUAAAUGUCGGCGUGGACCCUCCUGAUGUGGUGAAAACGACUCCCUGUGCCCGCCUGGAAUGCUGGAUCGAUCCUCUGUCCAUGGGGCCUCAGAAGGCUCUGGAGACCAUCGGGGCCAACCUGCAGAAGCAGUACGAGAACUGGCAGCCAAGGGCCAGGUACAAGCAGAGCCUGGACCCCACGGUGGACGAGGUGAAGAAGCUGUGCACGUCCCUGCGGCGCAACGCCAAGGAGGAGCGGGUGCUGUUCCACUACAACGGGCACGGGGUGCCCCGGCCCACCGUCAACGGGGAGAUCUGGGUCUUCAACAAGAACUACACCCAGUACAUCCCACUCUCCAUAUAUGACCUGCAGACCUGGAUGGGGAGUCCUUCCAUCUUCGUCUACGACUGCUCCAACGCCGGCCUUAUUGUCAAAUCCUUCAAGCAAUUUGCACUACAGAGGGAGCAGGAGCUGGAGGUGGCUGCCAUCAACCCCAACCACCCCCUGGCGCAGAUGCCGCUGCCCCCCUCCAUGAAGAACUGCAUCCAGCUGGCAGCCUGCGAGGCCAACGAGCUGCUGCCCAUGAUCCCCGACCUGCCAGCUGACCUGUUCACCUCCUGCCUCACCACCCCCAUCAAGAUCGCCCUGCGCUGGUUCUGCAUGCAGAAGAGUGUCAGGCUGGUGCCAGGAGUCACGCUGGAUUUAAUAGAGAAGAUUCCUGGAAGGCUGAACGACAGGAGGACUCCCCUGGGAGAGCUGAACUGGAUCUUCACAGCCAUCACAGACACCAUCGCCUGGAACGUCCUGCCCAGGGAUCUUUUCCAGAAGCUCUUCCGGCAGGACCUGCUCGUGGCCAGCUUGUUCCGGAACUUUCUCCUGGCCGAGAGGAUCAUGAGGUCGUACAACUGCACCCCCGUGAGCAGCCCCCGGCUGCCCCCCACCUACAUGCAUGCCAUGUGGCAAGCCUGGGACCUGGCUGUUGACAUUUGCCUUUCCCAGUUACCCACAAUUAUCGAGGAGGGAACUGCCUUCAGGCACAGCCCCUUCUUCGCGGAGCAGCUCACGGCCUUCCAGGUGUGGCUGACCAUGGGCGUGGAGAACCGCAACCCCCCGGAGCAGCUGCCCAUCGUCCUGCAGGUGCUGCUGAGCCAGGUGCACCGGCUGCGAGCUCUGGAUCUGCUGGGAAGGUUCCUGGACCUGGGGCCCUGGGCUGUCAGUUUGGCCCUCUCUGUUGGCAUUUUCCCGUAUGUGCUGAAGCUGCUUCAGAGUUCAGCCCGUGAGCUGCGACCUCUCCUCGUCUUCAUCUGGGCCAAAAUCCUGGCAGUGGACAGUUCAUGCCAGGCUGACCUGGUGAAGGACAAUGGACACAAGUAUUUCCUUUCGGUUCUGGCAGAUCCUUAUAUGCCAGCUGAACACAGGACAAUGACAGCAUUUAUCCUGGCUGUGAUUGUGAACAACUACAACACUGGGCAGGAAGCUUGCCUUCAGGGAAACCUGAUUGCCAUUUGCCUGGAGCAGCUGAACGACCCCCACCCGCUCCUCAGGCACUGGGUGGCCAUUUGUCUGGGCAGGAUUUGGCAGAACUUUGACUCGGCCAGGUGGUGUGGGGUGAGGGACAGCGCUCACGAGAAGCUCUACAGCCUCCUCUCCGAUCCCAUCCCAGAGGUUCGCUGUGCUGCUGUCUUUGCCCUGGGGACGUUCGUGGGGAACUCAGCAGAGCGCACGGAUCACUCCACCACCAUCGACCACAACGUGGCCAUGAUGCUGGCCCAGCUCAUCAACGACGGCAGCCCCAUGGUGCGCAAGGAGCUGGUGGUGGCCCUGAGUCACCUGGUGGUUCAGUACGAGAGCAAUUUCUGCACCGUGGCUUUGCAGUUCAUAGAAGAGGAGAAGAAUUACCCUCUGCCUUCCCCAGCUGCCACAGAGGGGGGCAGCCUGACCCCGGUGCGGGACGGGCCGUGCACGCCCCGGCUGCGCUCCGUCAGCUCCUACGGCAACAUCCGAGCCGUGACCACCGCCAGGAACCUCAACAAGUCCCUGCAGAACCUCAGCCUGAACGAGGAGUCUGGAAGCUCUGUUGCAUUUUCCCCUGGGAAUCUGAGCACGAGCAGCAGUGCCAGCAGCACCUUGGGCAGCCCCGAGAAUGAGGAGUACAUCCUGUCCUUUGAGACCAUCGACAAGAUGAGACGAGUCAGCUCCUACUCCUCCCUCAACUCCCUCAUAGGUGUGAGUUUCAACAGUGUUUAUACCCAAAUUUGGAGGGUGCUCCUUCACUUGGCUGCCGACCCCUAUCCCGACGUCUCCGACCUGGCCAUGAAGGUUCUCAACAGCAUUGCCUACAAGAUAAUGCAAGUGGGACUGGCCUGCAGACUGAAGCCACAACGGCUCUCCAACCCAGGUGAACUAGUACAUGCCACGGUCAACGCUCGCCCCCAGCGCAUCCUGGACACCUCCUCGCUCACCCAGUCGGCCCCCGCCAGCCCCACCAACAAGGGGAUGCACAUCCACCAAGUGGGAGGGUCCCCCCCGACCACGAGCACGAGCAGCUCCAGCCUGACCAACGACGUGACCAAGCAGCCCGUGAGCCGGGACAUGGCGUCCGUGCGUCCUGCCAACGUGGGCAACGUGGGGGUCCAGUACACCCCCCACUCCCACCAGUUCCCCAGGACCAGGAAAAUGUUCGACAAAGGGCCAGAGCAGACGGCCGACGAUGCCGACGACGCCGUGGGGCACAAGAGUUUCAUCUCGGCCUCGGUGCAGACGGGAUUCUGCGACUGGAGCGCCAAGUACUUCGCCCAGCCCGUGAUGAAGAUCCCUGAGGAGCACGACCUGGAGAGCCAGAUCCGCAAGGAGAGGGAGUGGCGGUUCCUGCGCAACGCCCGGGUCAGGAAGCAGGCCCAGAAGAUCAUCCAGAAGGGGAUUUCCCGGCUGGACGAUCAGAUCUUCCUCAACAGGAACCCGGGGGUGCCCUCGGUGGUGAAGUUCCACCCCUUCACUCCCUGCAUCGCCGUGGCUGACAAGGACAGCAUCUGUUUUUGGGACUGGGAGAAAGGGGAGAAGCUGGACUAUUUCCACAACGGGAACCCUCGGUACACCCGGAUCACAGCGAUGGAGUACCUGAAUGGCCAGGACUGCUCCCUGCUGCUCACUGCCACAGACGAUGGUGCCAUCAGGGUGUGGAAGAACUUUGCAGACCUGGAGAAGAACCCCGAGAUGGUGACGGCCUGGCAGGGGCUGUCGGACAUGCUGCCAACCACACGAGGUCUGGCCCGAAGGGUUUCAAUCUAUCUUGACAGAAGUAAGCAGGGAGGGGCAGGGAUGGUGGUCGACUGGGAACAAGAAACUGGGCUCCUGAUGACCUCGGGAGACGUGAGGAUAAUCCGGAUCUGGGACACGGAUCGGGAGAUGAAAGUACAGGACAUCCCCACAGGAGCUGACAGCUGUGUCACCAGCCUGUCCUGCAACUCCCACCGCUCGCUCAUCGUGGCGGGGCUGGGGGACGGCUCCAUCCGCGUCUUCGACAGGAGGAUGGCCCUCAGUGAAUGCCGGGUCAUGACCUACCGGGAGCACACGGCCUGGGUGGUGAAGGCUUACCUGCAGAAACACCCCGAGGGCAACAUCAUGAGCGUCAGCGUCAACGGGGACGUGCGGUUCUUCGACCCCCGGAUGCCCGAGUCCAUGAAGGUCCUGCAGAUCGUCAAGGGGCUCACGGCCCUCGACAUCCACCCUCAGGCCAACCUCUUCGCCUGUGGCUCCAUGAAUCAGUUCACUGCUAUCUACAACGGGAACGGGGAGCUGAUCAACAACAUCAAAUACUACGACGGGUUCAUGGGCCAGAGAGUCGGAGCCAUCAGCUGCCUGGCCUUCCACCCUCACUGGCCCCACCUGGCCGUCGGGAGCAAUGACUACUACAUCUCAGUGUACUCGGUGGAGAAGAGGAUCAGAUAACGGCGAGCGAGCGGGUCCGGGGCAGGGCCUCCUGUACAUAGUGAAAUCAUCGACUUGAAUGUUUCGUGUUGGCUGCUGCUGCACCCCAUAACUUGAACAUUUGUUUUUCUGACUUAGCUACUGAUGGGUUUGACAAGGGGAAGAGACAAUCUCCUUUUUUUUUUUGUUUUCGUUUCGUUUCGUUUUCCAGCUAUAUCCUCUAAAAGCUA